AUGCGGUGCGCGAGCAAGGCCGCUGAGAGUGCGUCUGCACGUCUCUGUGCGGAUGCCGAAGCAGAAACCGCUGCAGCCGAUGUGUCAUCGGUUGCUAAAGCGUCUCAGUCUGUAUCACCUGAUGAUGCAGACGCUCGUAGUGAAGACACUCAUGUCUUCACAGAGUAUGAGCUCGGUGUCUCAUACUCUCCUGAUACGGAAGACGGAUCCUUAUCGAAGGCGGUUGAAACCAAGCCGCCUGCCAAGCGUGGCAUGGAUGAUGCUACGCGUCGUAGCAUCUUUGGUUCGUCUAUUUCGUCAGACGAACCAUAG